AUGUACAGAAGAAGGUCGCAAUUCCCCGUCUGGCGCCUGACUCCUCCGGUAUGCGCUGUACGGACCAGAACACCAGCACUACGAACGUUCGUAUCGUCCGGCCCACGAGCAAUCGGAACUCCAAAGACCGGACCUUCGAAUGACGGGUACAAACGUAACGAAGACGGAACGAAGCCUAUCCCGGAGCAUCCCAAGGACGACGACUCCCUUGCGACGCACCUCGAGUCCAAGAUCGGCGAGAAGGCAAAGAAGGGUGAAUCACACGCCACGGGCGCGACCGAGUCCAGCGGCGGGGAGAGCAAGAGUGAGGACAAGGAGAAGGGCACAGCGAGCAUGACCAGUGGUGGCAAGAGCCACGCAACGGGCGAGAGUGUCGUCCCGGAAUCAGUGCAGAGAAAGGCCCCCGAGAAACUGGAAAAGGCGUUGCCGGAAUCCGUGCAUCCGACGAAAGGGAGUGAGAUUGAUCCGGACGAGAGCCAGGCGAGAAGUGUACGAUACUGA